UGGAGGGCGGAGCGCGCUUCUCCAGAGGUGGAACGGGUAUCCCAGCGCCCGCGCCUUCUGUCUGCACCCCUUCCUUGCCGGCCGGUACUUCGGCUGCACAGUUUUACCCAAGCCUCGAGACUUAGUGAGCAGAAUUUACCCACUUCUCUGGUAUAACGAAUUCUGAUGGCUGGGAAUAAAGGACGUGGACGUGCAGCUUAUACCUUUAAUAUUGAGGCCGUUGGGUUUAGCAGAGGUGAAAAGUUACCUGAUGUAGCAUUGAAACCACCUCCAGUGUUUCCCGAUACAGAUUAUAAACCAGUGCCACUGAAAGCAGGAGAGGGUGAAGAUUAUAUGCUGGCCUUGAAACAGGAGUUGAGAGAAACUAUGAAAAGAAUGCCUUAUUACAUAGAAACACCUGAAGAAAAACAAGAUAUUGAAAGAUACAGUAAAAGAUACAUGAAGGUGUACAAAGAGGAAUGGAUACCAGAUUGGAGAAGACUCCCAAGAGAAAUGAUGCCAAGGAAGAAGUGCAAAAAAGCAGGCCCCAAAUCCGAAAAGGCGAAAGAUACAAGCAAAGGCGUUUCACUCACUAAUACUGCAGAUGUGUUGAAAAAAAUCGAGGAGCUGGAAAAGAGAGGUGAUGGUGAAAAAUCAGAUGAGGAAAACGAAGAGAAAGAAGGCGGCAAAGAGAAGAGUAAAGAAGGCGAUGAGGAGGACGACGAUGACGCUGCAGAACAAGAGGAGUAUGAUGAAGAAGAGCAAGAAGAGGAAAAUGACUACAUUAAUUCAUACUUUGAAGAUGGAGAUGAUUUUGGUGCAGACAGUGACGACAACAUGGAUGAAGCAACCUAUUAGCUAGGAAAUUUCUCCAAAAAUAUCUUGAUGAUACCACUUCUGAACAUUUGGACAGACUUGUUUUCUAUUUCUGAUUAAGGAAUAUUAUAUUUUUGUUCCUCUUUUGCUGGGCAGAUACUUGCUGUCGAAAUACUCAGAACCACUUUGAGUUUACAUACUACUUACCUUACCAAUCAGUCUCUGAUACUCUGACAUUUCCUUCUCAACACCCCUGUCAUCCGUCUUAUGUAUUCAAGUGGAUUUCUCUUCUAUCACUGGGAUUUCAGUGUGCCCAGAGUUUUUGCAUUUUUUAAUCUAUGUAUUCAUACUUGAACAAAUUACUCUUAUGGAACUCAAUCUGUUGUAAAACUAUUACUCAUCAUUAUAGUGAAUUUCUCUAGUCUGGAAGUUGAUGUAAUAAUACUGCACAAAGAGCACUUUAAAAACAAAGAAACUUGAAAAUAGUUUUAUCUUUUUCUUUUGCAUGGUCUGUUCUGUGCUGCAUCAUGACUACAAAACCCUACUGGAGCUCUUACAAUUGCAUAUUUUAUGAGAUUAGAAGUUUUGUGAUCAAAAACAUACAGGGAAAAAUGCCACUCUGAACUUCAUGAAUUUCCCGGUCACAUCUCAGCCCGUACAAAAACCUGGAAUGAAUACUAAAAAAUACUCGAAUUUGGAGCCAACUCAAUACCAUUUAACAUAUAAUCAUCUCACUGUUGUUAAGUUUGAUCUUUGAAUAGUUGGGCUUAUGAAAAAUUAGAUAUCUAAUUUUGUACUUUACAAAAGUAUAGAGAAAGUUCUAGUCGUAUAAAUCUUACUGCAGAAUGCAUAUGUACAAAAUCUGUAAGUUGUCAUGGCCAUUGUUAAAUUUCACAGGACUCAGUUAUCCAAUUGAUUUAUAGAACAGUGCAGAAUAAAACUCAGGUCAUUUUAAAGUUAAGAUUAAUCUUUUUUGUUUUGAUUAAAAACUGGCUCCUCUGACUUUUAAUAUCUUGGCAGAGUAAAUACCUAGACCCCCCAGCAUCCAAACACACACAAAUGCCAAAGAUUUUCAAGGGAAUUAAUACUGUAUAUUUUUAAACGAUUUCUUAAUAUUCUCUACCAAAAAGAACAAAGAAGAUUAUUUUUCCCCUUUGGGAAAAUAGUCCCAUUACCUUCUAACCUUGAGAAUCAAAGCCCUAGAUUCUGUUUCUACCUUCACUAUAGACUCAACCUUGAAAAUGAGCUUGGUUAAGUUUUCUGUGCCUUAGUUUCUCCACCCGUACACUACUUCCUAUAAAAAUUGCUUACACACUAACCGAAAUUUGCCGUGUGUAUUCAUUCAUACCUUACAGAAAUGAUCACUUCUUAAACUUGGUUCUCACCCUCUGAAAACUGGUAGCUUCGUUAAGUGACUGAAAACAAGCAGUUUUGAAAAACAAGCAUGUUGUCCUCACAAACUAUUUUUACUGAUUUUCCCAUCUUAUGUUCUGGAGGGAAGGACUGAAGAAAAUUUAUGUCUUGUGCCAUUUUGAAACAUGACUUUCUCAGGAAAAACAUCACUUUCAAUUUUAAUACUUCCUCAGAUUAUUCAAGGUGAGUGUAAAGACCAUUGUUAGUUCAGUGUGCCCAUCGAAUGUGAAUUAUUUGUUGAAAUAAGUUUCUAGGAAAUUUUAAACAUUCUAAAUGGAAAACAAAAGAAAGUCCAUGUUAAAACUGCAACCUACUAGACUUAAAGGUUCUAGUUGUAAUGGGCAAAUAGUCACUUAGGAUUGUUGAAUAAAACAUUGAUAUUUUAUUCUCUCACCUCCUUAAUACUUUAGCCAAAUACCAUUUAAUUUAUAGAAAUCUGAUCUCAACGGUUCUGUUUACCUGCUUCAGUUUAACUCUGCAGAUGACCCUGUGAAUUGGUCAGAUGCACUUAAGAUACAAGUAUUUAUUUUCCUAGCUUUCAGUUUUGCCUCCAGUUUUAGUCCGCAGAUGGUAAGACAGCCCCUUUGGGCAGGGAUUUGCUUCAGAAGCCCCCAGCCAUCUGCCUUAAGUGCACUGUAUUCCUCUUUUUAUAAGUUGAAAGUAGACUAACUGUGAGGACAGGGAGUAUUUGCAGGUUGCUUUACCAGCAUGAAUCUUGUCCAUCUGGCUUAAAAUCUGAGACUGUGAAGUUAGUUAUUCCGUAAGAAGGUAAACUUCAAUGCCGAGGUAGCCUCCUGUAUAUAAAAAAGUACUUGUUGGUGAAAUGUCUUUAAAAUUGCUGUAUUAAUAGGUCACACUGUUUUGUUGCUAUAAUGCUUAUUUUCCUGUUUACACAUUAAAUUCUUACAAAACAA